GGAUGACUCGGCAGCGCAACGCGAAGCCGAGAAAUCGAAGAACAGCGAGUAGCCUGCUGGAAAUCGAAGAACUGGAAGAUGGAACAAAGGUAAAGGCUGAGCUGCACCCAUCGAUGAACGAGUGCAAGGGGGUGAUCAGGUGCCCGGCGCUGGCAAACCGACCUGACGAUGAUGUAAAAGAAAAGCUUAACCUGCAAAAAAUUCUCCAGAGUACCAGGAAAGGGAAACGGUGUAUACGUCCUCAACUGAAAGUCUACGAGGGGGCUAAGCGCGUCAUAAAAUGCCCUGCCAUUCGGAACAAGAAAGAAGACGUGAUCCCGAAACACUUUGAAGCGCAGAAGGUCACUCCAAUAAUUGAUUCAUCUAAGGUCACACGGCCGGAGCAUGCCGCCACAAUAACCAUAGAGGUAAUCUGGCAGUGCACCAAUAAGGCGGCAUGCGGGACAUGCGGCAAAGAGCACACUGGGCGCUGCCAGGGGCAACCGAAGUGCGCUAACUUGGGGGGGUGUCCUGCUUGGAAGCAGGAAAUCGCCAUUCGCAGAAAAGCAGUCACUAAAGGGAUCAGCAUCCAGGCGGCCCGGGCGCAGCACAAGAAGACGAACAAAGAUUACCUCCCACUACGGCGAGGAACACCGGCCGAACCGGAAGAAGGUGUUGCGGGCCCCUCAGGGAUCUUCCCAGCACCGCCUAAACGCCGACAGUGGUGCAGAGAAGCGAGUCGGAUGACUCGGCAGCGCAAAGCGAAGCCGAGAAACCGAAGAAAAGCGAGUAGCCUGCUGGAAAUCGAAAUCUGGAAGAUAGAACAAAGGUAAAGGCUGAGUUGCACCCAUCGAUGAACGAGUGCAAGGGGGUGAUCAGGUGCCCGGCGCUGGCAAACCGAACUGACGAUGAUGUAAAAGAAAAGCUUAACCUGCAAAAAAUUCUCCAGAGUACAAGGAAAGGGAA